CAGAUCACCAAAAUUAAAUCGGAGUCUUCUGCUAAUCUCUCGAUUCAAAGUCCACAAAAUAAAAUGUCGGGAACUUUGAGCCGACUUGGAGCUGUGGGGAGGUUUUCCUGUCCACCAGAGGUCAUUUUGAGAUCAAUUAUUGGAGGAAAUAGAGGAUCUUUGUCAUCCAUGGAUUUGAAAAGGAACUUGACCAGUGCAACAUCAGAACCUACUGCUACCUAUAAAGCGGUUGUGUGUAAGGAGCUCUGGAAGCCGCUGGUCAUCGAAGAUCGGCCAAGAGAGCCUCUUAGGAAGGGACAGGUGCGUCUUCAGGUCCACAGUGCAGGGAUCAACUUUGCUGACAUCCUCCUCGCUACUGGCCGAUAUGUCUCAAAACCCAAGCUUCCGUUUCUGGCAGGUUCAGAACUAGCAGGAGAAGUGAUUGACGUCGGUGAUGGGGUUGGGUCAAUUCAAGCCGGUGACCGUGUUGUAGCCAUGGCCCACAAGGGGGCAGCUUUCGCAGAGGAAUGUGUCUUACCAGAAAAUUUAGUUUGGAAGAUUCCGGAUUCACUGAGCUAUGCGACAGCCGCAGCCCUGGUGGUGUCUUAUGGAACUGCCUACAUGGCAUUGAAAAUGAAAGCGAACAUAAAGAAAGGUGAUACGGUGUUAGUGACAGCGGCUGCAGGUGCCCUUGGUCUUGCCUCUAUAGAUCUGGCUCUUAAUGUUUUUGGUGCUUCUAAGGUAAUUGGAUGCUGUGGUGGGGAGGAGAAAGCCGCACUGGUCCAGAGCCGAGGGGCACAUCACGUCAUUGACUAUAAUGAAGAAACUAUCAGCAAGCAGGUACAGGAGUUCACGGAAGGCAAAGGGGUGGAUAUCGUCAUGGAAAUGGUCGGAGGAGAUAUAUUCAAAGAAUCUUUCAAAAGCAUGGGUUUUGGAGGAAGGAUUAUCUUGGCAGGGUUUGCUUCAAAUCAAAUCCCUCGCGUUCCCGGCCACAUCCUCCUGGCACAGAAUUUCACCGCCAUCGGGAUUCACUGGGGAUUACAUAUGGCCGGUAAUCCGGCCAUGUUCCGGGAGUCCGUAGAGCAGGUUGUGAAGCACACUGCCAAUGGCGCCAUCAGCCCGAAAAUCUCAGACGAAUUUCCUAUGAGUCAGGUGAAUGAAGCCUACAAGUACAUUUCCGACAGAAAGUCAACAGGAAAAGUUUUGCUUUCGAUGAAAUAAUUCCGCAUCUUACAGAAUACGAGAGCAUUAUAUUUCCCAGGAAACUUGAAAUUGGUUGUGCCUUAGAAAUUUGAACUUGCACGAAAUUACUUUGGCUCAGAGUUGAUUUCUGAAUUGAGAGGAAAAGUACAUCUGACGAUGAAACAAUGACAUAUCUCACCCUUGAGAAUUAGUCCCCAUCUCGCCGAAAAUGAGGCAGGCUUUCCAUCUUAUUGAGCUGGUUUGUCCUUUUCCCAGGCAUAUCCAGGGCUGGCUGCUCAGUAUGUUGAAAGGCCUGGCUAAAUCUUGGCAAGCUGGGGAACAGAUUCUCAAUGGUGUUGCUAUUUAUACUGGUUGGUUCCUUUUGGAUAUAUUUCUAUGAAUUAUCCCCUCAAUUAGCCUGAUAUGAUGCAAUCUCUAGUACACUGUAUAUAUGUUUUUUUGAUCAAAUUUCUUUGUGGGGUUGUGUACUUAUUCAUGGUUCACAGACGACUGGUACUACAUGUAGGUAUUUGCUCAAGUUAUUUCAAUUUAUGUUAGGUGCCUAGUAUUAACAUUGUAGUAUGGUGCUUGAUGUAUUUGUGCUAAAAGAUUGUCUUAGGACUGAUGAAGUUCAUCUAAGGUCAAGAUCUGUUUGAUUUGUUACAGAUAGAUUGUAAUUUGCUCAUGAAUGAAUUUUUGUUCGAGUAUGAAUCAUGAGGGCAUCUGAAAAUUAUUAGGAAAUAAAAUUUUGUUUUUAUA